AUGCCAGAGAACGAGCCCUUUCCUUGGGAUAUUGGCGUCUAUGAUGCCCACUGCCACCCCACCGACACCCUAGCCUCAUUGGCUGAUAUCCCGCAGAUGAAAGCGACAACACUGACAAUUAUGGCCACACGUGGGGAAGAUCAAGACCUCGUACAACAAACAGCCGUAUCACUCUCAGCCAAAGCAAGCCAAUCAAAAACAGACCGCGUCGUUCCCUGCUUCGGCUGGCACCCGUGGUUCUCACACCAGAUCCUGGACGACACUACACAACCAGCGGCAGCAGAAAACUCAACCGAGCAUAAGUCUGCUCACUACGCCGCUGUCCUAACGCCAUCUCCAGCCGAUGAGCAGCCAUUCGUUGAUUUACUUCCUGUUCCAAAGCCGCUCUCGGAACUCAUCUCUGAAACUCGGAACCGCCUCCAACAGUUCCCGAAUGCGCUGGUUGGUGAAGUCGGCUUGGACAAGUCAUUCCGGCUUCCAAGCCCAUGGAAUCCAACAGACGUCAAUAACCGAGAUGAAAAUCUUACCCCCGGCUCACGUGAGGGCCGGAGCCUGUCGAAGUACCGCGUCAGGCCGGAACACCAGCGCACCGUGUUAAAAGCGCAGCUACGGCUAGCGGGAGAAAUGAACCGUGCCGUCUCGCUACACAGCGUGCAAGCUCAUGGCGGGGUAUUCGAGGUGCUCAAGGAGCUCUGGGCGGGGCAUGAACGCGUUGUGCUAUCGCGACGGAAGAGAGACAGGCAGCGGGACGCAGAAGGUGCUGUAUCUGACGAUGAAGAUGAUGAUGAAGAUAAGACGCCGGAUGUAUCUCAGUUCACCAAUAUACCCGACCUCAGUGGGAAAUCACAUCGGCCGUUUCCGCCUCGCAUCUGCAUGCACUCGUAUACCGGUUCGGUCGAGCCCAUUCGCCAAUUCUUGCAUCGGUCAAAUCCGUCGGAUGUUUAUUUCUCUUUCUCUAAACUUAUCAAUUUUUCCGGUGCUGCCGAGAAGAAGGUUGGCGACGUUAUCAGGGCUUUACCUGGUGACCGCAUUCUUAUUGAAAGUGAUCUCCAUGUUGCAGGUGCGCAGAUGGAUGAAUUGCUGGAAGAUGUGGCCCGACAAAUUUGUCAACUACGUGGAUGGGAGUUGCGACACGGUAUCCAAGUGCUUGCGGAUAAUUGGCGACGGUUUGUGUUUGGCUAG